AAUAUCGCUCGAAACUUUUUCCCAGUGGCGCGAUCUCUCUUUCAAAACGCCGCGCUAAUUCCCCUCUUCUCCCCCACCCCACUUUCUUAAUUUCCUUAUAAACCCUAGUUUUUCCCGUCCCUUAUUUCUUACUAACCUCCCAUCGCCGUAAAACCCUAGUUUUUUCGAUGGAGGAGGACGAUUUUCUCCCCUCCACUUCUCAAUCUAUAAAUUUCGAUUCAGGAGAAGGGACGAGCCACUCCCUUUUGUCUCAAUCUUCUAUUUCCAGGAAAAUCCAUCCCGUGGGAGCUACUCUAGAGAACCUGGGCAACACAUGUUUUAUGAAUGUGAUCCUUCAGUGCAUUACACACAUGGUUCCGUUUGUGCAGAAACUUCUCUCGGCCGCUCACCCUAUUCCCUGCUCUCAUGAAGAGGAGGGAUUCUGCACUUUCUGUGCUCUGAAAGAGCAUGUUGUCAAAUCUAUUAACGCAUCUGGUUCUGUCCUCGUUCCGACCAAAUUCGCAAAAAAUCUAGACAAAAUAUUACCAGAAUAUGAAGAGAAUUCCCAAGAGGAUGCACACGAGUUUCUGCGGGCUUUGUUGGAUAGGAUAGAUGACUGUUCUCUUGUUUCAAGCUUACAAGACCAGCAAUCCCUUUCAGAAAACAGCAUUGUGAAACAAGUAUUUGGAGGCCGUCUCAGAAGCCAGCUGAGGUGUUGUGAGUGCGGUCACUGCUCAGAGACGUUUGAACCCCUCCUUGAUCUCAGCUUGGAUAUCAAUGAUGCCGACAAUCUAACAGAUGCCCUACUAUCUUAUACAAUGGUUGAGAAAAUUGAAGCCAAGUUCACCUGUGAAGGCUGUAAUACUCAAGUGUCAAUGAAGAAACAGCUUACGUUGGACCAGGCACCGGAUGUUGUAGCAAUUCAAUUAAAGCGAUUCAAGAAUGAUGGCCAUUGUACACAUAAGAUUGAUAAGAAAGUGGAAUACCCAUCAGAGCUUGAUUUGAAGCCAUAUCUUAGCUGCCCAGAUGAGAGAGUCCAAACAAAAUAUGAUUUAUACGGAAUUGUGGAUCAUACGGGCAGUUUGGCUUCUGGUCAUUAUGACUGUACCAUACGUUCUUCUGCAACAGCGUGGUACCAGUUGGAAGAUGCAGUGGUAAAUCAAGUUAAGGUGUCCUCGGCACUAAACCAGUGUGCAUAUCUUCUCUUCUAUAUUAAGCAGGGUCUAUCACCAUGGUUCUCGAGUUUACUCCCAGCAAAGGAUGAAUCCCAACUGGACAGUGCCACUAACACUUCCCCGACAUCGGUGAUUGAGAAUAUCGGAAGAGUGCAUUCCACAUAUCAUGCUGAGAAGGAUGAAGAGUGUGGCCCAUCCAAUACCACCUUUGUCUCGGAUGAUACAGAGACAUAUUAUAAUACCGCUCCUAGAUUAUGUUAUGCUACACGUGGUGACAAGAUAGUCGACAAAGCUGAUGCGGACCAAUCUGUGACACCACCUGCAAGAAAAUUCGACUCUGUUCAGCAUGUCAUCGAUUCCACGUUCCACGAUGAGAAACUGGAUGACGACGAGAAAGAGAACCAUUUAACUCCACGAGCCCGAGUGAGAUCAAAGGUCAAUAGAAAGGUCAACAGCUCACCGAACCUUGGCGUGAAUGUACAUAUUCAUAAGUUGCUUAGAGGCAUGCAAAGCUCACGAAGAAGAUGUAUUUUGGAGUGCCUCACCACGAGGCAGAAUUUGACGACCCCGCCUCUCUGUAAGACGAAAAGGCCAAAAAUGAAUAUUCAUCACUUACGCGGAGGGGAGGAUUCUGCUCCCUCGACAUCCCGUUCGUUUCUCAGCCCUAGCUCUGUAUAAUGUGGCUUAGGAUUCGAAGCCCGAGUUAUAGCCUGCUUCAGACAGCUAACUCGACUGUCUAAAAGUGUGUCCAGUGUCUGGUUUGAUCUUUCUUGAUCAGUUUUGGUAAAUCAUAUGCAUAAAUGAUUGAGAGUUAGUACACAAUGGGUCUUACCGUAGUGUUUUCUUUUUGUAAUUCCUUUUUGACUUUCUUUUUUAUUCUAAUUAUGAUUAUUUCCUAAUCUCAACAAUUAUUUGUUCA